AUUGCCUUUGAGAAUAAACAAAAAUGGAAAUGGAUUCUUCAAAUACUCGAGAGACUAGUAAUGGAGGAACUUUGCUGAUUAUGACUUGCAGGUGGGUUAUGAGUUUACCUUAUAAGGCAUGGGAUAAGGCUAUAGAUGUUGCAAAGGAAGCUAAAAAAAUUGGGAAGGAAGAUCCAAGAAGGAUUAUCCAUUCUGUAAAAUUAGGGUUAGCUCUGACAUUGGUUUCUGUAUUCUACUACUUCAAUCCACUAUAUGAAGGUUUUGAGGUCAAUGCAAUAUGGGCUGUACUAACGGUUGUUGUUGUCUUUGAAUUUUCUGUUGGUGCAACACUUGGUAAAGGUCUAAACAGGAUGGUAGCAACAUUAGUAGCUGGUACUCUUGCCAUUGGAACUCAUCGCAUAGCAACCCAUUCUGGUCAUACAGGGGAACCAAUUUUAGUUGCUAUAUUUGUUUUUAUAGUAGCUGCCACAGUGACUUUCACAAGGUUUUUUCCAGCACUGAAGGCAAGGUAUGAUUAUGGCCUAACAAUAUUCAUAUUGACAUUUAGUUUGGUGUCGGUUUCGGGUUAUCGAGACUCUCAAGUACUAAAGAUGGCUCACAUGAGAGUAACAACAAUCAUCAUUGGUAGCUGUACUUCUAUUAUUGUAUCCAUUCUUAUUUGCCCUGUUUGGAUUGGAGAGGAUCUUCACAAGCUUGUUCUUGGAAACAUUGAAAAGCUUGGAGAUUUUCUAGAAGGAUUUGGAAGUGAGUACUUCGAAGUAUCUGAAGAUGAACCAUCUAAUAAUGAUAAGUCAUUCCUCCAAAACUAUAAAAGUGUUCUCACUUCAAAGAGCAAAGAAGAAACUAUGAUUAAUUUAGCGAAAUGGGAACCUAGCCAUGGUGGGUUCAGAUUCUGUCAUCCUUGGAAGCAAUAUCUGAAAAUUGGAAGUCUAACUCGAGAAUGCGCCUACAAAAUUGAAGCUCUUAACAAUAGCCUUCACUCUAAAAUUCAAACAUCUACAGGAAUCCAAAAGAAAUUUGCGGAGUCAUGUAUAAAACUUAGCGUGGAAAGUGGAAAAGCAUUGAAGGAAUUAUCAUCAGCAACAAAGAAAAUGAAAAGAUCAAACUCAGUUGCGCACCAUCUAUCAAAUUCAAAAGCAGCAGCCGAAACUGUUAAGUUACUUCUUAGAAAUAACUCAUGGGAAGUAGCACAUCUGAUAGAUGUAGUAUCAGUGGGUGCAGUUGCUUUGCUUCUAUUGGAAGUCCUGGAAAGCAUCGAAAAACUUGUUGAGGCUAUUGAUGAAUUGGCAUCAAUGGCUCAUUUCAAGACUAUAGACCCUAAUGUCUCGCCAGAGCAACCACACCUGCUCCAUCGGGGAACUGUUCAACCAAUGUAGAAAAUUUAUGUAAUAUCAAACUAAUAAAUAGUAUAAGGUGUUUACCUUCGUAUGUGUAUAUAUAUAACCUUCAGAACAACAGUUAUAAUCUUUUUCCUAAUAUGGUUAUGACUAUACUAUUUAUGUCCCUAUUCUAAUUUACCUUCCUAUUUACAAUAAUAUCCUCUAAUAUUUUUUAUUUAAAGAAGGCAAAAAUUCGUUAUUAAGCUCUUGGAAUUUUUAUUUUUAUUUUAUUGAUCCCUGAAUUUAUAUUUUAUUCUAUUAAGUCCUUCUGUUUAUAUUUUUUAUUGGAUUCCAACUUUUUUACACAUAUUUUAUGAGAUUUUUAUUUUUUAUCGAGUGUUU